AUGAGCCGUUUCCGUCUGGUCUUCAUGGGUCCAAGUAAAAGUGGAAAAACAUCGAUUAUAAAUCGUUUUCUACACAAUACUUUUAGUGAAAAGUAUAAAGAAACGAUUGAUGAUUUACAUCAUGAAACAUUUCGCGUUAAUGGUUCUAUCAUUAAUUUGGAGAUUCAUGAUACAAACACUAAUUUUCCUGAUAUGCAAAAGGUUGCCAUACAUUCUGCUCAUGCUAUAUGCCUCGUAUUUGGAACUGAUGAUGUUAAUAGUUUCAAAGAGAUGUCUGAUUUAUGGAGAGAAAUCAAUAUGAUCAGAAGUAACUUGGAGUAUACUCCUAUUAUGAUUGUCGGAAACAAAGGAGACGUGGAAAAUAAAAAAAUAAAUGAGCCAACUGCUGUUGCUUUCACUUCACACCUUCCAAGCUCUGUCAGAUACAUUGAAGUUUCUGCUAAGACAAAUCAAUCUAUUCGAGAAAUUUUUACUGGAAUUAUGGAAGUGCACAUGUUACUACAGAAGAAGAAAGGACAUGAUGAAGCGGCUAAGAACGCUAUGAGUCAUCCGCCAGCUUCUCCUCUGUUCCUCUUACCAGAGCAACAAUUCCGUAGAAACCAAUCAUUCAGAGCCCGCUCGGCUGGUCGCAACGAUGGACAAAACGAUCAAAUAACUCCAAGAAGAUCUACUAGUCUAAUGAGGAGAACUAAUAACUUCUCGUUCCGAUCACGUCGUCCUAAUAAGACACAAGAUGACUGUCGAACUCAAUAA